AGCCUGAUGAAUUCAUGCCAAUAGUCCCGUGAGUAAAUAUCGCUUGCCACAAUGAAGUAUACCUACUUAUGUAAGCAAUGAGUCUCAAUGUGGUUAACUUUCCUUCAGUCAAGCUUCAGGAAUCACCGCUCCGAAUCGUCAAAAGCCAAAGCACAAGAAGAGGUGUGAUUCUGCUGGAAUCUAUACGAUUAAACAAGGAUCAACAUGGAGGAUUCGAAAGACAACUUCUCAAAUAAUGUUGUCAACUUCGCUGCAGAUGGCGACAUUAUCCUGGUUGUUGGCCCAGAAAAGAAGAGAUUUCGCCUUCGUUCACUGUCUCUAAAGGUAGCAUCGAAACCUUUCUUGGUUAUGUUUGGACCUCACUGGCAAGAAGGCCGUGAUCUGCUCAACCAUGAAGGACCGAUGGAGUUAUCCCUUCCUGAAGAUAACUCCGCUGCGCUUGAAAUUAUCUUCACGAUCAUCCAUCACCAGAACAAUAAGGUGUUCCGAGCCAUUCCUGCACGUCGAGUCCUAGAUGUUGCCAUUACAACGGACAAGUAUGAUUUUAUCAACGCCAUGAAAUUAGCAAGCGAGGCUUUGCUACGGACUAAGAAAAGGGGAGCUGACGAUCUCAUGUUCCUCGCCGCGGCGGCAUACCUGUUCCAAAAUGCACAAGCGUUCAAGAAAAUCACGAAAGCAUUGAUCCUCAAAUACCCUGCUCCAUAUCUCAAUCUUGCAUGCAAAGAGAUCGAAUCAGUUUUAACUUGGAGGGUAUUCUGUGAGUAAAUCAUUGCCACUUCCAGCCUGAAACUAACAACCAAAUACAAAGGUUUGCUAGAACAACAGAGAAGUUUUGCAAGGUUAGAAUUAUCGGAAAUCUUUAUCUCGUGGAUCAAUGCAGCGACCGGGAUGUGUAUCCCCAAGUGCGGUUGGACGUGUAAGUACACACAUGCAUAUUUAAAUUUACUAAAAAAAAUAAGCAACUUUGGCCUGCAAACUUGCUUGGUAUUUCUAUAUCUGAAGCAAUAGAUGCGGCAGAAAACAUGGCGGAUCCCAUUCCUAGGGAGCGAGGUAUUGCAUGCAAAUAUGAGUACAAGCAUACCCCACCAGAGUAUAGGAAAGGUCGUUCUUGGAGCUUGGAACGAAUCAAAAACGAUAUCGGCCUUUGCCUGCAAUGCGUCCGCUCCGGCUCAAGCAACUCUCAAUGUUGCUGUAACCACGACUCUUAGGCUGUGGCAAUUGGGAUAGGGAAGAAUGAAUUUUCAGUUUUACAAUCUUACCUGUAUUAUUCAUGUGGUGAUAGAGUGGAUGGUGGAAGUAUGGACGCUUCGAGAAGUGAUAAAACUUCAGUAUUCUGGAUGGCACAUUAAAUACAGCAAAAAUCACCAUGUUUUACACACCAUUGAUGUAGUCCAUUUACAUUGUCAUUGAAGAAAUUUUUGGGCUUCGGGUGUUACAAUUUGGACUGUAACUCGUGACUCUAA